AUGGCUGGAGUUAAAAAGAGACCCGUGAAAAAAUUCAACUUCGAAAUUAACCUGAAGAGCGAUAUAGAGGACAAGGUAAAGUCAUAUAUAAUAUCGGACAGAAAUAAAAUGAAGGAAAAAUAUAAGCAAAAAAGAAAAAAAAAAAUAAGAAGACGAAUAAAAAUGGAGUGUAAAAUAUCAACUUUUGUUUUCCCGAAUUCAAAAAAGGAGAAAAAAUUAAGAUUAAGUUACAUAAAUAAGUUCAUAAAAAAAAAAAAGUUAAUCAAGCAUCAUUUGAGGGAAAUACGAGAGAAGAUAAAACAUUUUCAAACCAUGGCACAUAUCUGUCAGAAAAACAACCAUAUAGAGAAUGAUCCAAAUAUAAAACAACACAUUGUAUCAUGA